AUGGAACCAAUUCUCAUUAAGAUCGCUGCUGGGAGUGAUGUUGUGGAAACACUCAUCAACUUGGCUCGGCGUCGUGAAGCUGGAAUCGUUAUUUUGAGUGGUUCCGGUAUUGUCACUGAUGUUACACUUCACAAACUCGAGUCUGAUUCCCUUGAUGUCAUCGAAGGAUUGUCCAAUAUGACAUCACUAUCUGGAUACUUCAUUGUUGAGGGUGGUUUCGUACCUCCCCUGACCAUGAACAUUGUCUCGCCAUUAUCCUCUUUCUCCAUUUGCCUCUUCGACAAUCGUGGACAAGUGUUUGGAGGGAAAAUUGGUGGAAAGGUUAUGGCUGCUGGUGCUGUUUUGGUUACAGCCGCUUUUAUUCUGAACCCAACAUUUCAUAGGUUUGGUGUAGUCAAUGGAAGGGUACAAGAAAUGGAAAAUGAUGACCCAGAAGAUGUUGGUGGUGUUGUCGUCAAUGAUGAUGAUGGUCAUGCACCAUAA